AUGGCAGACGGUAGCACCAGCAUUGCGGCACGAAUUGCCGCUCUGAAAUUGGAUCAAGUUGGCCGUCAACCGACUGGAAAGGCAGGACCUCCAGCAGUACCAACCAAAAGGCCAGAUCUUCCAUCAAGACAACAGACGACUAAUGUGCCACCUGUCGGCGCUCACGCAUCUGCGGCCGAUGCAGGCCGUGAUAUUGGGAAUCAGCCAGCGGCAGGUGAAGUGGAUGGAGAGGUUAAGCGUACGCCACCAGUGAUGCCAAACCGACCAGUUAGAAGUGCUGCUCCCAAACUGCCACCAAGACAGCCAUCCGGACCAGCACCGCAACUACCACCUAGGAGACCUUCGGAAACACCCUCAAACAUGUCUGGAAGGCCAGGAAUCGAUAGAAAACAAUCUAGCGAAUCUGUGGUGUCAACUAGAUCCUCUACAUCAACAGCAUCUACUCGAACUGGUAUAAGCUCGGCAACGAGCAAUUCUGGACCGCUUUUUACAAUCCGAGCACCUUCUUUUGAUGCAUCGACCUUGCCCCCUUUGGCUCCUAAGCGGACGCCUAACUUGCCAGAGCGAGGUCCUGUGCUGCAACAGACCAAGUCUUCGCCGACUUUACAGGAGCCUGCGAGACCGCAACUGCCUUCUAGACCUCCACUGCCUUCGAGAAAUCCAUCUUCUUCUCCAGGGGUGACGGACCAAGGUACCAUCAAACCUGCAGCUCCAAAGAGGUCUGCAUUGACAAUGGGCUUCAAUUCUGCCUCAAAGGCGCCUGAUGUGCCGACUGCACGACCCGAGGCCGCCGCACCACCGCCAAUUCCUGCUUCAUCUCGACCCGACCUUUCCAAGUUGAUGGCGUCAAAACCGAACGUUGCUGCGACCACACCAGACCAAGGAUCUUGCCUAAAGUGUCGAGACUUCUCAGUCGUCGACGCCCAUGCUGCGCGCUUCCCACGACAGUCGAUUCCAUCACAAGAUCUGGGAUGGCUUGCGCAAUCACUUACAUCCCCUUUCCCAUCGCUGACUGACAAAGCUCGAGCGAUCUUCGUCUGGUUGCAUCACAAUAUUGACUAUAACACUCACGCAUUGUUCACCAACACUGUCAAGGGGUCAACUCCGGCCUCGACAUUGGCUACUGGUCUUGCAGUCUGUGAGGGAUAUGCUGGUUUAUUUACUGCACUUGCCUCGAAAGCUGGACUGGAGAGUAUGGUCGUUGGUGGCCAUGGAAAAGGCCUUGGUUACGAAGCCGUAGCGCCUGGAGCACCACUACCUCCAGAAGAUGCAACCGGCCAUGCCUGGAACGUCGUCAAAAUUGAUAACGGUCAAUGGAAGCUGAUCGACCCUUGCUGGGGAGCGGGCCAUGUCAACGGAUGGGGCCAACCUUACAAAAGGCACUUCAGUCCCAUACAUUUCGUUGGCAGCAAUGAGGAAUUUGGACGCAGUCAUUUCCCAAGCAACAAGAACCAAUUUUACAGGAGCGAUGGCAGACAUACAAUCACGUGGGCAGAGUAUCUGUUAGGUGACACAAAUGGCCAGACUCCAGUGCAGACUUUUGGAAAUAUGACAACAGACGAAGGCAUCGACUCCCACUCUGUUUCACCUAGAAUCAAGCAGAUUUCGGUCAAUGAUCCACAGCCUUAUGUGCGCUUCCAGUUCAACAAAGUAUGCACUCACUGGGACAAUGAGCGAAACGGGCAGGGCAAGCACUUUCUGUACAUCGUCUUCCUGCCUGAGGCAAAUGGCAGACCAGCGCGCGAGGUCCCGCUGCAGACCAAUGGGUAUUUCUGGUGGGUCGAUGUGCGUCCCAGCGAGCUUGGACAGCCUGGCCAGGAGAUCAAGUUGGGUACAGUAACGAAAUGGAAGGGCCGUGAUGGCAGAGGAAUGGUCGCGAGCGAUUACAACAAGCAGGGUGGAUUCUCAUGUGAAUAUUCUUUUGCUGCCAUAUGGAACCUUGUUUGA